CGGCCCCGCUCCAGCGCGGCGCGGCCAUGGGCAGCCGGGGCUGCGCGCUGCUGCUGCUGGGCGCCGCUCUGCCGCUGCUGGGCUCGGCCGCCGUCAGUCCCGAGCGGAGCCUGGCGUGGGGUCCCGGGCUGGAAGCGGGGCUCGCACUGCCCGUGCGCUACUUCUACAUCCAGGCGGUCAGCGCGACGGGACGCAACUUCUCCCGCUCUCCCCCAGGAAGAACACAAUUUAAAGUGGUAAUUAAAGCACUUUCUCCAAAAGAGAUCACCAGAAUUUACACUCCCCACCCUCUGGAUAGAAAUGAUGGCACAUUUCUUAUGCGGUAUCGGAUGUAUGGGAGUGUCAGAAAAGGGCUAAAGAUUGAGAUACUUUAUGGUGAUAAGCAUGUAGCUCAAUCUCCUUACAUUUUGAAAGGACCUGUUUAUCAUGAAUAUUGCGACUGCCCUGAAGAAGACCCUGAGAUCUGGCAGAAUGUUUUCUCUUGCCCAUCCCAGGAGCCUCAGAUUACAAAGGACUUCAUUCCCUUUCCCACCAUUGAUCUGCAGCGAAUGUUUAAAGAAAUCCCAUCAAAGUUCAGUCAAACAAGAGGUGCUAUUGUUCAUUACACUAUUCUCAAUAAUCGCAUCUACCGUCGUUCCUUAGGGAAAUACACAGACUUCAAAAUGUUCUCUGAUGAAAUGUUGCUGUCACUGGCAAGAAAGGUUCAUCUCCCCAAUGUGGAGUUUUAUCUUAAUGUUGGAGAUUGGCCAGUUGAGUACCGAAAAGCCAAUGAUACGCCUGGGCCUAUUCCCAUCAUCUCAUGGUGCGGCUCUGUGGAUUCGAGAGACAUCAUCCUUCCAACAUAUGACGUAACCCAUUCAACUCUUGAAACCCUCCGUGGUGUCACAAAUGAUCUCCUUUCUAUUCAAGGAAAUACGGGCCCAUUCUGGGACAACAAAACAGAACAAGCUUUAUUUAGAGGUCGAGACAGCCGAGAAGAACGUCUCUAUCUUGUCAAGUUAUCCAAGGAAAAUCCAGAACUACUGGAUGCUGGAAUAACAGGGUAUUUCUUCUUCAGAGAGAAAGAAAAGGAGUUGGGAAAGGUUCCACUGAUGGGCUUCUUUGACUUCUUCAAGUACAAAUACCAGGUGAAUGUUGAUGGGACUGUAGCAGCUUACAGGUUUCCAUACCUCUUGCUGGGUGACAGCCUAGUACUGAAGCAAGAUUCCCAAUACUAUGAACAUUUUUAUACUGUAUUGAAACCAUGGAAACAUUAUGUUCCAGUUAAGAGAAGCUUAGAGGACUUGCUAGAGAAAAUAAAAUGGGCUAAGGAAAACGAUGAAGAAGCACAAAAGAUUGCUAAAGAAGGACAGUCGGUGGCAAGAGAAUUACUUCAGCCUCACAGACUUUACUGCUACUACUACAAAGUGCUGCAGAAAUAUGCCGAACGCCAAGCCAGCGAACCUGAAAUACGGGAUGGAAUGGAACUUGUACCUCAGCCUGAUGACAGAGACUCAGUGUGCAGCUGCCACAGGAAAAAGCCUUUAAGGGAAGAUCUAUAACUGUACCGGAUGGAGAAAAUCACCCACUUACAAUGCAAGAAUGUAAAUAGGAUUUAAGCUGUGAAAUCUAAGACACUUAGGCACUAGCAGACAGUCUUAGUUAUGUAUUCUUAUUGUAUUUACAUAUCCUUUUUCACACUGACUCUGGUCUGCAGCGUUGGUUCCCACAGUUUUGUCUCCAUGACCUCCACCAGGCAGAUACUGAGCCUGUAAUGGGGAGCAUUCAGGGGACUUGGUUUAUGUAUUGCAUCAUCACGGAAGAAGAGUGGAGUGCUGCUCAUGAUCCAGAUGGGACCCAGAUACCAAAGUUUUGUGAGGAACCAGUCAUCCAAAAGAGAUCUCCCAUGAGUCAGGGCAAGUUAAUCUAAAGGAGCAUUUGCAACAUUCUAAAGCAGUGUUAUGAUUUCUUCAUAAAGUUUACCUCAGUUUUAGAUUAUUUCUUGUAUACAAAACAAUUUUCUAACUAGACAAAGAAAAGUAAUAUUUGAGAUUUACAGAUAUCAAAUCUGGUGUUGCUUUGAGAUCAUUUUGUGGUAUAUGACGUAAUAGAAUAGAGAACACGACUUAAUCCUUAACAGUUUCAGUGGAAAACUGAGAGGAGAGGGAAAGUUCAGAAUAGUAUUUUUGUAAGCACAGAAUUGUGAAAUCAAAGGAGUUGGAAGGGACCUCUGGAGAUCAUCUAGUUCAACACCUCCCUACUAAACCAGGUCCUAGAGUUGACUGCAUACAGUUGCUCUGAAUCACCAAAAUUAAAUUCUACUCUAGACUGUGUAGCUAUCAAAACCAUCACAGCUGUGCUCUGAAUGCCAACACACCACUCUGAAGUUCUAUUCCAUGCUAUUGACCAUGUCUCUGAAUAUAGGUACAGACCCAUAGAAGGAUUUAGAAACUUCAGGGACAGGUGAAAUAUUAGUACAGUUACAGUCUAUGCUAUUCUAAGCUACCUGAGUAUUCAUACAUCUGAAAUUUGUUAGUUUUAGACUACUUUGGUUUUACUUUGCUGUAGGGCUAAAGAUGUCGCUGUGUUUUUCACUUGGUUACAUGAAAUUUUCCUAUGCCUAAGUCCUCAAAUGGAGCUUAUCCAUUUUUCUGAAUUUAGAUAAAAUCUACCUAAUCUGAGAGCACUGAAUUCAGUGGACAGUGGAUAAGCUACCACUGUUUUGGUAGAAAAACCUAUGCUGCAUUUUCUAUGUAACAGUCAAGGGUUUAGAGCCCAUACUGAGCAGUGGGGAAGACAACUUUGUUCUCCUUGAUUUGAUUCAAAGAUGAAUUUCCAAAAAGUGCCUUAGGUCCAGACUGCAGACGAUUUCUUCAAGUCUUCAACUGAAGUUGUGAAGCCACCAAGAUAAUGAUAGAAAAUUCAUAGGGCCUGAAGGAGCUGACAGUACUGCAGAGGUAAAAUUCUACCUUCAGGUGGGAUGAAGGAAGGAUCCUUGUCCUAGAUGCUGCUCCCAGUGGCUCUCCUGAUAUUUACCCAAGAAACUGUCUUUUUCAGAGUGUAUGUAAACAGUCUUGGAAGGAGAGGCCAAUGCCAAACCUUCCCACUCCUGCCAUGGAGUUCACUGACCAGCAAGUAAUGUCUGGCUUUCAGACUCAACGUCAGCUUGUAGAUUUCUGGUAAAAAUCCAUUCAAAGUUGGUACAUUAAACAUUAAAUUCAGAUUACUUCUGAAAUGUGGAGCUUUGAAAAGCAGCAAAUGUUGACAGGAGAACAAAUACAUAUGAAGCAAACCAUGAGUUCAACUGGGCUGAAAUCAUCCAAGCAAGGUAAGCCAAAAGCCUCCUGCAUCACCAAGCCCAACACCUCUCACCUCAUUUGUAAGUUUUCUUCCAGGAGGAAAACACAAAGAUAUUUGGUGCUUGCACAGUGACCAAACUGCAGUAAGAAAACACAGAUUUUCAGGUUGCCUCAGCUUUCUAACUGUGGCAUCUGUGUUCUUCCUACUCAGCUACACUCAUAUAACGCCUUACUUGAAUACCUAAUUCUCCUUGUGCAAAAAGGAGUGGAAACAUGAUUGUGGACUUAUCUAAUCGCUUAGAUGGCUGGAAUUCAGUGCUGUACGCUUCAUACGGGUUUCAUUUUUGCAUAUGACAACACUGCCAGUUACUCUCAUAAAAUACAUGAAAAAAAAUCUGUACUAGAAUGAGUUUUUCUGCAUGCUAAAUGUAGAAAGACUCUCAGGUUUCUAAAGAAACUGUUCCUUGGUUGUUUAUUGCACUAUUCUGGUUAAGAAAAAUGGAAACAUCUUGUUCUACCCAUCAACAUAUUGUUCUAGUUCUAACACCGUUAUAAAUAGUGGUUGUAUUUUUAUUUGGCAUGGCAAUCAGUUCUAGGACUUCAUCCUAUAAAUAUAUGCUCAGCUCAUCUGACAGAAAAUUUCUGCAUCAGAACUCAGAAACACAGUGCCAUUGCUAAGGUGACACUCAGAACUGGUAUGUGCUUCCCUUCUCUCUUUACAGUCAUUUUUGUUGUACUGUAUGAUCUGAGAUGAUCCAUUGUCUGCAUUUUUUAUUCAUCACGAUUUGUGAAGUGUGCUCAGGAAAGGCAAUUAUGCAUACCAGACAGCUGAAGCAGGAAAAAUUUCCCCUUGCGCACAUAUUUCAAACUAAAAAUCCCCAAAUGAUCUGUUUAUAUUCUAAAAAACAUGAGGGAGUGGAAGGACUCAUGAUACAUCCGUUAGGGUUCUUUGCAAACACCUGUGUAGGAAAACUUGCCUGGCUUGAAACAUGAGUAUUUCAAACCGAAAGAAGAAGCAGAUAAAACCUACGUGGUCAUGAAUAUUUUUUUUAAAGGUGAAUAUUUUGUC